AUGGGGUCAUCGAAUAUGGGAGUGCGACAGAAUAACGAUAUGCAGAUUCUGUUCUCAACAUCACGACAUGAGUGUGUGCAAGAACAAAAUAGCAACCGGGGAGGCAAUAGUGCACAGGUGUCUGAACUGCUCCCAGGAACACAAUGCCUGGAGCCUAAAAUGUCCCAUGCAACCCAUGACCUCCCUACACCCAAAGAAGGAAAUACAGCUGCAUACCUGCCUCACCUACUAAAUCUCCCUCUGCCCCCUCAUCGAUGGACCCCACCCCCACCAUCUGCUACAGCCGCCCUGCCGCCCCUCAGUGACUACCCUCCCUUACCCAUGGGACCCACUUCCCACCCACAGCAUCGCCAUACCUCAGGUCACGUCGCCCCGCCUGCGACACACCCACCCACACCGACCCAAGCAUUGACGAACGAGGCACCUCAAGCCUCCAGCCACAUGACGCCUCCCCUACCAUCCCAAGGGACGAGCACCGAUCACCAUCACCCAGCCACGACAGCCAGCACCAGGGAAAUGAGCGAGCCUCUACAAUGCCCAUCACUGACUCUACAUCCACCAACUACCAACACAGCAGACACAAUUACCCAGAGGAGCUUACAGGACAAAGUCAAGACACUGCGUCAGGAAGUAAAAACACUAAAACUGAAUCAAGAUAUAUUGCAAAAGGCAAACCAAGAUCUGCAAACCAUGGUCGCAGCCCUUCACGUAACACUGAAAGAAGAAAUGAGCAGCUUGAAAGCGCUACUCAUGGAACUGGCCAGCCAAACCAAAAUAACAUUUCAGGUUACGGCAGCUCCCGGACCCAGCACACAUAUGGAUGUUGAUGAUACACUACAACAAACAAAGAUUCCAGUACAACAUACAAGCAAACCACUGCCGAGAGGAGAAGCGUCGAAUACGACAGAUCAGGUCACACUCAGGAAGGACAACACCAACGACGACCUGAUCAACCAUGCACACCUGCCACCUGCAUUACCCAGCUCACAGCCGCUCCACUCAACCAGCCCGCCACAACUUCCUCAGCAGCUGCCGCACCUGUCCACCAACACGAAGCAGGCGCUGCCUCCACAACACAGUACAAUAAGCAAGGAUCUGGCCAACCUGCCACCUGUGUCGCUCAGCUCACCGCCACCCCUCUCAAUCAGCCUGCCGCAACAACCUCCUCAGCAGCCGCCGCACCCAUCAGCCAACAUAACGCAGCAGCCUUGCAAAACACUUUCCGAACAUUCUAACAAAAACACUAAGUGCCCAUCCAAAAUUUUGUGA